GCAGAAUCUGAGGAAAUAUAAUCAUUACCAAAAUCAACAACUUUUCUUCACACACACUACUAGUACUAGUACACCACAUUGUUCCUCCGAGAAUUUCGAUAUAAUCAAUAAGGGCUUUUUCUGAAAAUUGUAUUCACAAAACAACAACAGUACGAGGAUGAGUCCAAACGUUGUUGUUCCGAAACAACAUAGUAAGGUUUUUGUGGGAGGAUUGGCUUGGAAAACCCAAACAGACACACUGAAAAGCUAUUUUGAUCAGUUCGGUGAGAUUCUUGAAGCUGUUGUCAUCAUUGACAGAACCACCGGAAAAUCAAAAGGAUAUGGCUUUGUUACUUUCAAGGAUCCAAAUUCUGCUAUAAUAGCUUGCCAGAAUCCUAAUCCUGUCAUUGAUGGAAGAAGAACUAACUGUAAUCUUGCAUUGGCAAAAUCUAAUCCAUCAACAUCAACAGGAAGGAGGAAUCUCAAUAGUCCUUCAUGGAACUAUGCACCAUUACAAUUUUCAAGCUCCUAUAAUUAUUACAAUCAACAUCUAUCUCAAUAUGCAUAUCCUUAUCCAGUUUAUAGGUACUCGUACCCUGGUUAUCUUCGUCCACACAACAUUUAUGACAUGAACUAUCCUAAUGUAUAUGGUGGACCACAAUUUCCAGUUCCUUUGUAUCCACCAUAUUACCAACCAUUUUAUGGGCACAGUAAGCAUUUAGUUCCAACAUCAUAUGUGAAAAAGACUCAAUUCCCUGGCCCUACUAUUACUAGCAGCAGUGGAGCUGUCAAAGAAAUAGUAGGUGCAACAAGAGUGGUGGAAUCUCCCAAAGAUCAAACAUCUUCAAAUUAAAUAGGAGUUUCCAUCAAUUGACUAGAAGAAUGUUUAAUAAAGUAUAAAGUUUGGAGAAAAUGUUUUAUGAUUUGGUUUAGCAAUCUAACUAUAGAUAGCAGGAACAUAUUGAAGGUGAUUUUAGAUACCAGUCACUGAUGAAAUAAAUAAGAAUUUCUUCGUUUUCUUGAAAAUUUUGUUUGUGUGAAUUAUGAUGCAUGUUACACAUUCUUUAGUUAUUCUAGUUUAUCUUUUCUAGCUGCACUAUUAUUAUA